AUGAGAUCGCAUUCACCAUCAGGUAAUCGCCUCUUUUUGUCUUUCUGUCAACGUUCGAUUACGAUUUUCAGUUUCUGCAAAUUAACUUCAUUGUCAUCUCCCAAAUUCUGGUUCUUACCUUUCAGCUUAUCAUCAUCGACUUCCUAUUCACCACACACGUCUCGAUUCCACCACCGGCCGCGCGGCCGAAUUAGGACAUUUGCCACCGCCGUCACCGUUAAUGACAAGGAAAGCAAUACCUUCUUUGCCGAUGACACUGUUUCCUGGAGUUCCCUAGGGGUUGUUGAUAGACUUUCUCAAGCUCUUUCUAAAAUUAGCCUCAAUCGUCCUUCUCUGGUUCAGGCCGUGUCUUUACCUCCUAUACUCCAUGGAAAUGAAGUUGUGGUUGCAGCUGAGACUGGCAGUGGCAAAACUCAUGGUUAUCUUGUUCCUCUUUGCAAAACAACAAACGAUUCACUUGACACCGAUCAACAUCUGAAUCGGCCUCAUAUGUCUCUUGUUCUUUGCCCUAAUGUCAUGUUAUGUGAGCAAGUCGCUCGAAUGGCCAACUGUAUCUGCAAUGAUAAUGGUGAACCACUUCUUCGAGUUGCAGCUGUCUGUGGACGCCAGGGCUGGCCAGUUAAUGAACCCAACAUAAUCGUGUCAACACCUGCAGCUCUUCUGAAUUUCCUUCAUGCCAUUGAUCCAGAAAGGAGGCGUCGUGCUAAUUCCAUCCGUGAUGUUAAACAUGUGGUAAUGUUCCAUCUAUAUCAUAACUUUAGUUGUCUCCUUGAUGAGUUCUUUCUCUUAACUUUCUUAAAUAAACGAUAGGUCUUUGUCGAUUUAACCCGAUUCCUGUUUUCCACCUCUUUGUUGAAUUGUCGAUGUGAAGUUGUUGAUAUUUAUUACUGAAUAUGG